AUGGCGACUCAGACUGUUUCUCGUUCCAUCGUUGGCCGGCCGGCGAAAUCUUUUGCCUUACUUUUUAAGCGUUCCUUCGCUUCUUCAUCUCCUCUCGCCAAUUUCCCAGCGGCUUCUCUAUCUGCGUCAACGUCGCUGAACCGUUCCCGUCCUCUCGUCGCUGGAUUCUCAACGUUGUUGGUUCGUGGUGGUCUGUUUUCGGCUAGAGAUCUGUCCAGGCACGCUACUUCGUCGUCACUGAAUGGUCCCAACCCUAAUUGUUCGAAUCGGCCACCACCAGAGGAGACCAAUGAGCUCGAAUUCGAUGGUUGUGAUUACGAACAUUGGCUUGUUGUCAUGGAUACCCCUGAAGGCGAUCUCACUAGAGACGAGAUUAUUGAUUCCUACAUCAAAACCCUAGCUCAGGUCGUUGGCAGUGAAGAGGAGGCAAGGAUGAAAAUCUACUCUGUGUCGCACAGAUGCUACUUUGCUUUUGGAGCACUAGUGUCACAAGAUGUUUCACUUAAGAUCAAUGAUUUGCCUAAGGUUAAAUACGUUCUUCCUGAUUCCUACAUGGAUGUGAAGAAGAAAGACUAUGGAGGAGAACCUUUCAUUAAUGGAAAGGCUGUUCCAUAUGACCCAAAGUAUCAUGAGGAGUGGAUGAGGAACAAUGCUAGACCUGGUUAUGGAAACAGACGCAAUGACAGUCCUCGCAACUGGGAUAGUAGCAGGAACUUGGAGAGUAGAAGAGAGAAGGAUAGGAGAAUUCAAGACACGGCCACCGGACAUGAAUGGAGGAUGGUCUGGAAACUACCAGCAGAACGGUGGAUACCAACAGCAAGGUCAGGCAGCCAUACCCGCCCGAUAGGGAUCAAUACCAGGGUUAAGUAG